GCACAGUUAGCGAUGUUGAGGUUGUCUACCGUCUAGUAGUCAAAUGAUCGUUGGAGAUUGUCCAGAGCUGACUUUUCUCUUCCUUCUUUGACUCCUGGAUGUUUUUAUAAUGUCCGGGUGUGAGAAUCCUUCAGAUGUCCAGCAGCUGAUGGUAAUAAAAGAAGAGGUUCUCCCUGAACAGCAGGAGGUGAUCUCCAGUCUGACCCAGCAGGAGUCACCAGAACACAUUAAAGAGGAACAGGAGGAACAGUUGAUCAGUCAGGAGAGAGCUCAGCUCCAAGGAGCAGAGGAAGCAGAGGAAGCAGACAUCAGCGUGUCCAAUUUCACUCUUGUCAUUGUGAAGAAUGAGGAAGAGGAUGAAGAGGAACCUCAGUCCUCAAAGUUUGAUGGGAACCAAAGUCAAGAGAUCAGAGACACAGAGCACUUGAAAACAGAAUCUGAUGGAGAGGACUGUGGAGGAUCAGAAGCAGACCAAGAGUUUAAUCCAGAAAGAAAUGUGCUACCUGUUACUCCUGAUAAGGCGUCACAGCUUUCUGGAUCUGAGACUGAUGACAGUGCUGAUUGGGAUGAAAGUGAUGAGCCUCAGGAAGGUUUAAAUCCUCAGCAAAACAAAGACAUAGCUGUAAGUGACAUAAAAACUGACAAUGGAAAUUCAUCGGUUAGUUCCUCUGAAUGUGCCCCAAGCUGCAGAGAGAAAACACAAGUGCAGAAACUCAAAGGAACCCAUAAGGGGGAUGAGCGUUUAAGCUGCUCAGUUUGUCAUAAAAGAUUUUCCAAACAAGGAAAUCUGAAGAGACACUUGACUAUCCACACAGGGGAGAAACCAUUUAGCUGUUCAUUUUGUCAAAAAAGCUUUUCUCAACAGAGAUAUCUAAAGGAGCACUUGGCUGUCCACACAGGCGAGAAACCAUUUAGUUGUUCAGUUUGUCAUAGGCAGUUUUCCCUCCAAGGAAAUCUGGAGCGACACUUGACUGUCCACACAGGAGAGAAACCAUUUAGUUGUUCAUUUUGUCAUAAAAAGUUUUCUCACCAAAGAUAUUUGAAGCAACACUUGACCAUCCACUCAGAAGAGAAACCAUUUUGUUGCUCUGUUUGUGGUAAAAGAUACCCUGAGAAGAUGAAUUUACAAGCACAUAUGCGGCGUCAUUCAGAGGAUAAACCUUUCAGCUGCUCAAUUUGUAAGAAAACGUUUAUUGGGAGUGCAGAAUUGGUGAUGCACAUGAGAGUUCAUUCAGGAGAAAAACCCUUUUCUUGCUCAGUUUGUGGAAAAAGAUUCAAACAGGGUGGAGCUCUGAAGAGUCAUUCUGUUAUCCACACAGGGGAGAAAAAGUUUAGCUGUUCAGUUUGUGGUAAGAGUUUUUCUCAACGUGGACAAUUGAGAAUACAUUCUAUUAUCCACACAGGGGAGAAACCAUUUAGUUGUUCAGUUUGUGGGAAACAUUUUUCUCAGCAAGGAAAUCUGAGGACACACAUGGCUGUCCACACAGGGGAGAGACCAUUUAGCUGUUCAAUUUGUAAUAAGAGUUUUUCACUUCAAGCACAUCUAAAAGGGCACUUGACUGUCCACACGGGGGAGAAACCAUUUAGCUGCUCAGUCUGCAGUAAAACAUUUUCUCAACAAGGACAUCUGAAGCAACACUUGACUCUCCACACAGGAGAGAAACAAUUUAGCUGUUCAGUUUGUGAGAAAAGAUUUUCUAACCAGGGACAUCUGAGGGAACACUUGACUGUCCAUACAGGGGAGAGACCAUUUAGCUGUUCAUUUUGUCAUAAAAAUUUUUCUCUCAAAGCACGUCUGAAGAGGCACUUAACUCUCCACACAGCGGAGAAAGCAAUUAGUUGUUCCGUUUGCGGUAAAAGAUUUUCUCAUCAAGGGAAUUUGAAGACACACUUGGCUGUCCACAUAGGAGAGAAAAAAUUUAGCUGUUCAGUUUGUCACAAAAGAUUCACACAUCAAAGAAAUCUGAAGGCGCACUUAACUCUACACACAGGAGAAAAACAGUUUAGUUGUUCAGUUUGUGGUAAAAGUUUUUUUCAAAGAGGAAAUCUCAGAAAACACUCUGUUGUCCACACAGGUGAAAAACCAUUUAGCUGUAGUGUUUGUAAGAGAGGAUUUUCAAAGAGGAAGUAUGUCCAAAAUCACAAGUGUGUUGGUGAGACUAGCGAAAAUAAACAUGAAGAAACAUGUCCAGUGUGACCCAGAAAUAUGUAGGCAAAAAUCAAUGUCUGUUGUUAUAUUUUAUUUUAUUAAGGAUAUAAUUUAUAUAUAAUUAUGGUCUCUUCAUAUCUCUCUGUCCACACUGGAUAGAAACCAUAGAAUUGUGUUUGAAGUAAAAGAAUCACAAGAAGUUAAGAUUCAAGAAGACAGGGUUUCAACUGCAAAGAGGAGAAAACAUUAAAUAAGGGUGUUUGAUAUAAAAGACUCACACAGCUAGAGCAUUUUAAAAAUCACAGAUUUUUGGGGAGAGCAGUGGAAAUGCAAAUUAAGUUGUGCUUGAUAUGAACUGUU